AUUGGAGUCGGGUUGAGCCAUAAAUUCCCACCGCGCCCUAGCGCGUUCUCUUCCUUGAGGCACCCAUGCCGUUACAGUGAGUGUCGUAGCAGUUCCCCGUCGUGGUCCUUCGGUCGGUGCUUCUCGCGUGGUGCGGAGCGAGGCUGCGAUCUGUAUCUGUGGACCUAAAUGUCGACCCUUCGCUGCAGAUCGACAUACCUGAUGCACUAAGUGAGCGAGACAAGGUCAAGUUCACAGUGCACACCAAGACCACACUGCCCACGUUUCAGAGUCCAGAGUUUUCUGUCACGAGGCAACAUGAAGACUUUGUGUGGCUGCACGACACCCUCAUUGAAACGCCAGACUACGCUGGGCUUAUUGGUGGACAGCGAUAUGCUCAUGGUCCCCAUUCCUGCUGCAGAUCCCUCCCGCUCCUACGAAGCCAGACUUUGACAGCCCUCGUGAGAAGAUGCAGAAGCUGGGAGAGGGGGAAGGGUCCAUGACCAAAGAGGAAUUCGCCAAGAUGAAGCAGGAGUUGGAGGCGGAGUACCUUGCUGUCUUUAAGAAGACCGUGUCCUCCCAUGAGGUCUUCCUGCAGCGGCUGUCCUCUCACCCUGUCCUCAGUAAAGACCGCAACUUCCACGUGUUCCUGGAGUACGACCAGGAUCUCAGCGUCAGGCGGAAGAACACCAAAGAGGUGUUUGGUGGGUUUUUCAAGAGCGUGGUGAAGAGUGCCGACGAGGUUCUCUUUUCUGGAGUUAAGGAAGUGGAUGACUUCUUCGAGCAGGAGAAGAACUUCCUGGUGAACUAUUACAACAGGAUCAAGGACUCCUGUGGCAAAGCCGACAAGAUGACCAGGGCACACAAAAGUGUCGCCGAUGACUACAUCCACACAGCAGCCUGCCUGCAGAGCCUGGCCCUGGAGGAGCCCACCGUCAUCAAGAAGUACCUAUUGAAGGUUGCUGAGCUAUUUGAAAAACUUCGGAAAGUGGAGGGUCGCGUGUCGUCAGACGAAGACCUGAAGCUGACGGAGCUGCUCCGGUACUACAUGCUCAACAUUGAGGCGGCCAAGGACCUCCUAUACAGGCGAACCAAAGCCCUCAUUGACUACGAGAACUCGAACAAAGCCCUGGACAAGGCCCGACUAAAGAGCCGUGAUGUGAAGACCGCUGAGGCGCACCAGCAGCAGUGCUGUCAGAAGUUUGAGCAGCUCUCAGAGUCCGCGAAGGAAGAACUGGUGAACUUCAAACGGAAGAGAGUGGCUGCAUUUAGGAAGAAUCUGAUCGAGAUGUCAGAGCUGGAAAUCAAGCAUGCAAGAAACAACGUCUCUCUCCUGCAGAGCUGCAUCGACUUGUUCAAGAGCAACUGACCACUUGGCCCUUGCCUGCCUCGGGGGAGGAGAGUUGCACUUCUGUCACUGCUGUAGAGCAUUAGCUUUGACUUUAGCCUCCAAUUAUGUGAAUAAAUACUCUGAUUUCUAAAAAUCUUUUAACACUUAACCAUGUUGGUUCAAACAUUUUUAUUGCAUGCUACUUGGAUAUGACUAAUGUUUCCUCCUACAUUAAUACCUCGGUGUGGCAGCCCCCAAACACUGGACUCUCCUGUCCCCCAGGAGGUGGGGAGCUGUGGGCGCACAGGUGCAGUCCCCAGCCCGCAUGCCCCAGUCGAGUCCAUGCUGCAGGAGGUGCUUCCCACACCCACCAGUCGGCUUCAUGGUGGAGAUGGCCGGAGGGAGAGCCCUCCCUGGUGGCGGGAACUGUGUGUCUGGGCUGCUGUUUUUUUAUACAGUGUAAAAUAAAACAAGAAAUCCUGCU